GUGAAAGAUCACUUUCAAUGUGUUUAGAGGUUGUGGCAAAAUCAAGGAAGUUUGGUACAAAUUAUGAUGUUCCAGUAAUCCAUAUCAUAUCAUCUCAUUCUCACAGUCUUUACAACAAAUAAUAAAAUCAAAACAUAAACAUGUAUAUCACUUGAUUUAACUGUUAGUUAGCAGGUCCUUAUCAUGAACAGCAACACAAAAUCCGAAUUUUUUUUGUCUUAGCCUUAAAAAAACAACUUGCCAUAUAUCUUCCUAUAGCUAUAAUAUGAACUCUGAAGUAGAAGCAAAGAAACCAACAAACCCUCAAACAAAUACUUUGAUAUUCCCUUUGAAUUCAUAAUUCAAAUCAAUCCUUCAACAAACAAUGGAACCAGAUUUUAGCUCCACAGUGGACACCUCUCGUCCUUUCAGCUCCGUAAAAGAAGCCGUUGCCAUAUUCGGAGAACGGCUUCUUGUUGGAGAAAUAUACUCUCAAUCUCCAAAGCCAUACUCAGAGACUUCUAGUACUGCACCUUAUUAUUCUCCUUCAAUGAGUAUUAAGCGAGAAUCAUCAUGGAGAUCAAUGUCAUCACCACCACCAAUUAGUCCUAAUAUAAAAUCAUCAUCUAAAGAAGAGAAGAAUGAUACCCUUUUUGAUACAGUGAAGAAGCUGGAGGCAGAACUUGAGAAAACAAAAGAAGAGUUGAAAAUGUUGAAGGAAAGAGGGAGUGAAACAGAGGUAGCUUUGGCAACACUGAACGCUGAGCUUCACAAGAAUAUGUCAAAGUUGGCUCAAGCUGAGGCUGCAGCAGCUGGGAAAGCUGCAAAGACAGUGAGGUUUGAGAUUGAGAGAGAAAUAAAUAUGAAUAAUAUUGGAGAAGAAAAUGAAGAAGAAGAAGAAGAGAAGAUUAAGAAAAGGAAUUCACAAACACUUGCUCAGAUAAUAAGUCUUGGAGAAAACGACCAUCUUUUUGGAAGGAAAAAAGAUAAGAGCAGUACGAAGCAGAAGCCUAUUAUUCCUCUUGUGGGAGAUUUCUUUUUCUUUUUCAAGAGAAAGAAUUCUUCUUCCACUAAUCAACAUAAUAAUCCUCUUUAUGCUUCUCCUUUUUAAUUCAUCUAUAUAUAUGUUUUUUUAUUCAUGGCUUUAUUAAUAUUGUUUUCAGUUGAUUUGUAUUGUUAAUAAUUUGUGAGAAGUGUGUUUUCUUGUUAAGUUUUUUAUUUCUGUAAAAUUUUAAGUCGGUAUCUAUUAUUAUAUCCAUGUAAAAUUAAGGACCCAUCGUAAAUUCUACAUAUACAGCUACGGAGGAAACAGAGGAAUUACUUGAAUAAUAAUCAAUCAAUUUAAAUAAAUAA